AAAAACCUAUAAAUACUCCUAAUCUUAAACAUUUUUUCAUAUCUCUUCUCCAAUUCUUCCUAAAUCCUAUUCUUAACUCUCUACUCUCUAAUUCUCUUAUUCUCCAAUAUAUUAUAUAUCUACUCUCUAAUUCUCUUCUCCAAGAAGUUAAGAUGGAAAAUCAAAAUGCCAUUAUACGGUAUAAUUUUGAUAAGCAGAAGGACCCGAAGACCGGGAUGUGGUACGCAAUUUGCAAAUGGUGCGAAAAAAAAUGUAUCAUGGGGACUUCAUGCGGAUUCGGGAUGGCAAUCAAGCAUAUGAAGUCAUGUGACAAAGCCAAAGGAUCGGGAGGUGUAGGAAGUUCCGAUUGAUUACAAUUUUCAAAAUGUUUCUCUUAAAGUUUGUUUUAAUUUUCAAAUGUAGUUCCUAUUUCAUUUCAAAUAAAUGCAAUUGAAGUUUGUUUUUAAUACUCG